AUGGGAUGGAGCUUGAUUCUUUUCCUGGUUGCAGCAUCUACUGGAGUCCACUCCCAGGUCCAGCUGCAGCAGUCUGGGGCUGAGCUGGUGAGGCCUGGGGCCUCAGUGAAGUUGUCCUGCAAGGCUUCUGGAUAUACCUUUAUUGAUUAUGGUGUCCAGAGUGAGGUGCAGUUGGUGAUAUCUGGAGGAGGCUUGGUACAGCCUGGCAGUUCCCAACUCUCCUGUGUGACAUCUGGAUUCACCUUCAGUAAUGACUACAUGCACUGGGUCCGCCAGGCUCCAGGAAAGGGGCUAGAGUGGAUCUCACGCAUUAGCAGUGGUAAUGGUGAUGAAAAGCUGUAUGCAGACUCUGUGAAGGGCCAAUUCACCAUCUCCAGAGACAAUUCAAAGAACACUCUGUACCUGCAAAUGAACAGUCUAAACACUCAAGACACAGCCACCUAUUACUGUGGCAGGGAGCCUGAGGAAGGUCUUUGUCCUCUGUCAGUGUUUCCUAGACCAGUCAGUGGCCACAGCAGAGGGUCUAGCCUGGCUUUACCCAGAAAGUUAUCUCUGAGCUGGGACAUGAGGCUAAUAGAAAGACCGGUGAUCCCCAGGGUUCCCCUCUUGCUGGUUGCACUCUGGGUGCUCCUCCUGGCUCCAGCCCAGUGUUCCCAAGGCCGUCCCACGUGGCGUUAUACUUCAUCAGAGGUGGUUAUUCCUCGAAAGGUGAUCUACCACGGCAAAGGAUUCCAAGCGCGAGGACGGCUCUCCUAUAGCUUGCGUUUUAGGGGCCAGAGGCAUGUCAUCCACCUGCGAAGAAAGACACUUUUUUGGCCAAGACACUUGCUGCUGACGACUCAGGAUGACCAAGCAGCCUUACAGAUGGAUUACCCUUAUUUCCCUGGAGACUGUUACUAUAUUGGCUACCUGGAGGGGAUCCCUCAGUCCAUGGUCACUGUGGAUACUUGUAAUGGGGGCCUGGCAGGUGUCAUGCACUUGGACGACAUCGCCUAUGAGAUCAACCCCCUCGCUGAUUCACACAGGUUUGAGCACCUUCUGUCUGAGAUAGUAGCUGAUCCCGGUGUUAUAGGGCCCAUGAAGAAUUGGAAGUCCAUAAGCCAUACUACAGUCCCUCCCAUCCCUGGAGCACAUGCGGACGUUGCUCCCAGAAUGUCAAGUAAGAACUAUGCUUCCCAUGCGGCCGCUAUAAAAGGUCAUUUUCAAGCAACCUAUUCUGUGCACAUCAUAGCCCGUACUGUAAACAGAUCUUGCACGUAUUUGUUUUCACUUAUCAGUCUGAUGGACAGCUAUUUGAGGCAUAUUCAAAUACGGUACUAUGUUAUUCUUUUAACCGUAUAUAACGUGAGAGAUCCAUUUCAUCACGAUUUUACCGUACCAGGAGGCGCUGUUCAUAAUUACUACGUGACAACCUUUUAUAACGUAUUUAAGCCGGAUGCCUCCACUGUAAUUAAUAACUAUGGACCCUGGGACUCGAACGCCUUCCCAAUCGUAGGUGCUAUAUGUACUGCGAACGGCCUGACUUGUAUUGGUAAGAAUGGGCGGGCCUUCAUAUUUAUGUCCGUCGUAGUAGCCAAUCGCAUUGGGAGCAGCUUAGGUCUGAAGUACGAUGAUGAGCGGUACUGCAUUUGUCAACGGAGGGCUACCUGCAUUAUGUUCUUAGACCCUCGGCUGACAGACACGUUCAGCAACUGUUCCCUUGCGGAGCUCAGCCAAAUAAUUAACACCCCCGAUCUGAUGCCGUGCCUCUACUAUGACCAUCACACUUAUUAUAACACAUCAUAUACGUAUACGAUUUGUGGAAACUUCAAAAUAGACCCAGGUGAAGACUGUGACUGUGGUUCCCACAAGGCAUGUUAUGCAGACCCCUGCUGUAAUAGUAACUGCAGGUUCAUUUCGGGUAGCAUUUGUGAUAAAGAAACAUGCUGUGCAAACUGCACCUACAGUCCUCCUGGGACCCUUUGCAGAACUAUGCAGAACAUAUGUGAUCUUCCAGAGUACUGUACAGGGAAAUCAUUCCAUUGCCCAGAGGACACUUAUCUGCAAGAUGGAACACCAUGCUCAGAAGAGGGGUAUUGCUAUAGAGGAAACUGCAGUGAUCGCAGUGUGCAUUGCAAGGAAAUCUUUGGUGCAAAUGCCCAAGUGGCUAACAAAGCGUGCUAUGACAUCAAUAAGGAAAGUUUUAGAUUUGGGCAUUGCUAUAGACCAAGAGAAAGCCUCUCGUACCAUACUUGCUCGGAUCAUGAUAAGCUGUGUGGAAGGUUGCAGUGUACCAACGUCACCCAUCUCCCACAGUUGCAGGAACAUAGUUCCUUCCAUCAGUCGGUUAUCUCAGGGUUUACCUGCUUUGGGCUCGAUGAGCAUCGCGCCACAGAAACCAUAGAUAUUGGACAUGUGAGAAUAGGCGCUCCGUGUUCCAAAACUCAGUUCUGCGAUCGAGGGGCUUGCAACGGAACAUUAUCUGAUUUGGAUUAUGACUGUACCCCGGAAAAGUGCAACUUUAGAGGAAUGUGCAACAAUAAUAGAAAUUGCCACUGUCACGUGGGUUGGGACCCUCCAAACUGUGUAGGAGAUGGACCUGGCGGGAGCAUAGACAGUGGACCCCUUCCACUUAAAAAGCGUACAAUAAAACAGAGCCAGCAACCAGUGGUAUAUUUUAGAAUGAUCUUUGGUCGUAUUUACGUCUUCGUAGGCACACUGCUCAUUGGCUAUGCCGUUCGUAUAGGAGUUACUAGGAUUAUCAAAUUUGAAGAAUUGCAAGCUGCUUUACAAAGCAAAGCUGCCCACAGUCAUGGACAUGCACCCGCUAUGCCCAGGUAA